UCCUGCUGUUUCGAAAGGGUCCAAAAGCAGCGCCUCGCUCGUGGCACGGUGCCCGGACUCGGGAAGCCCACGCUGGCUCGACGCGGCCCGACGCGCCACCAACACACGCAGCCAUGAGCGCCGCCGCCGCCGACGCCGCUCCACGAAGCGCCGGGCACCUUCGCGUGGACGGGAAUGCUUCGCAGAAACAAAACGAGCUCAGCGCAGAGAAGGCACGGGGGAAUGACAAGUUUUCUCCGCUGUACCACUGCGCGCGGUCGAGAUGCUCCGGAAGCUGGUGCUGGGACGGCCCGGCGACGGAGCCCGUGCGAUGCCCACAAUGUUCUGCUCUCAAUUGCCUCGCCUGCCGGGCCAUCCACGACGGCCUCUCGUGCGAACAGUACAUCGUGCGCGUCGUAAAGGCCAUGGACAGCGGAGCCUUGGAGGAUUCGAAAGAAAAAAAGAAGCGGCUUCAAGAACAGUUAGAGUUAUACACCAAAGACAUCGUUCUAAAUUCAGCGCCCUUCACAUGCCCGGUUUGCAAGUCUGAUGUUGCAAAAGGAGAUGGAGUUUGCCUGAAGAGUUGCCACCAUUCGGUGUGCAGGGCUUGCGUGGUUCAAGCCAUAGAACGAUCUGGAACCGUGGCAGUGAAAUGCCCGUACUCUGGAAACAAUACUGUUUGCGACAUCGCUAUUGAAGACACCGAAGUUCGAGCGUUGCUGACGAAAGAAGAGUACGAAGACUACUUGCAGAAGGGCUUGCUGGAAGUGAAAGUAUCCGCAAAGAACUUCUUUCACUGCAAAGCUUCCGAGUGCCCCUGGUGGUGCUUCAUAGAAGCGAGCGUGCCGGAAGUUGAGUGCAAGCUGUGUGGCACAAAGAACUGCGUCAACUGCGAUGCCAUUCACCUUGGCAUGACAUGCGCCGAGUAUCAGGCUUGGCAAGCCAGCAUGAAGCAGCUGGUUCCAGUGCAAUGUGCAAACGACUUGGACAAUCUCAUGGCUUUCAUGCUGCACGUCGCUUACAUGGCGUGUAUCGUAUACCUGCUAGUAAAGUGUAUUUUCCCCUAACUUA